AUGUCCCUGCGUGGGGAGACGGGAUGGCAAGCGACCCACGCGAAGGCUUUCGGCAAGGAGCAACCUGACGUGGCGCAGCUGCAGCGGCUGCAGCCGCAUGAAGAGAUACCAUGCGUCUUCGUCAAUGCAGAUGGCUCGUCCUGUUCCGGUGAUGCCGAAGCUGAUCAGGAUGGUGACGGUCUGCUUGCGCCCAGGGCUUCGGUGGAAACUCCAGGUACAUCCGGUCUCCUACCAUGUUACUUCCUGGACGGGGCCUCGGCUUUGGCGGCGGCCCUCCUGGAACCCGGGCCGGGAGCUUCGGUGCUGGACCUUUGCGCAGCCCCAGGGGGCAAGUCGCUGAUGCUGGCAUCGCUGCUCUUUGCAGGAGAAGAUGCAUCUGGGAGGUUGAUCUGCAACGAGAUGUCGCGCCCCCGGCUAGCGAGGCUGCAAAAAGUGGUCUCCUCGUUUCUGCCGCCCGAGAUGCUGGCUACAGGCGCUACCGGGCGUGUCAGCCUGGUCAAUGUUGAUGCUGCCACUGGAUCCAUCCCGGUACCCUUGCAGCGUCUAGCUCCCUUCGAUCGGGUGUUGGUCGAUGCUCCCUGCACCUCUGAUCGCCAUCUGGUACAUCAAGGACCCUCGGCGUUGGCACACUGGGCUGCUGGAGCUGUCAAAGCCAAUGCGGAGCGACAGCUGGAGCUCUUGCGUGCAGCUGCUGCGCUGGUGAAGCCUGGGGGCUUGGUCUUGUAUGUCACCUGCGCGUUGGCGGAAGCUGAGAAUGACGGUGUUGUGUCCAAGUUCCUGAAAAAGUUUGGGCAAAACUUUGCGUUGGACGCCUUCCCUGAUCAAGCUUCGCGGCUUCUGCAGGGUGCUGACGCGACCCAGUGUGGCGUUCUGAUUCUUCCGGAUCGGACGCCGUACGGGCCCAUGUACAUAUCCCGCCUGCGCCGAGGCAAACAGGUGCAGAACAGGAAGCUAAGUAAGGAAGCAGUGCAAGCCGUGCGCUUCUUGGAGGCGCUGACGGACCUCAGCUGGUCCUUGGCAGUGCCGCUCAAUCACCGCGAUAACCGCCUGCUGGCAGGGAUUUGUCAUCAGCUCUUCUCGCAGAUGGAAGAGUUCAGUCCGGCGAACCUCGCCAUAAGUGCCUGGAGCUUCGCCACCCUGAACUAUCGCGAUGAUCUGGUGAUGAAGCGCCUGAAUCGGCAGGCCCUCGGAAGGCUCCAGGAUGCCGUGAGAUGUUUGCUAGAAGCAGCCAUGGAGGAUCCGCCGGCAUCGCUUGAGGGCGAAGAGGUGGAGGACGAGUCUCCGCAGCUGCAAGACCCUGCGACCGACGAUGUGGACCAGGGUUCUGAGAAGGACGCAGAGGAGCCCUCAGGAGAGCAAGAGGCGGACCCGAGCACGGAGGAUCCGUCAAACCAAACUCCUGACGAGGCCGCGAAGCCCAAUGAGCUUCUAGAGCCUCUGCAGGCCUCGGAUGACGAGUCUUCGAGUUCAUCGCAGCCACCGGAGGCAAACGAACCGAAAGCUGCUCCGGCAAACGCUGCCGCUGGUGCCAAUGCUGCACCAGAUCGCGGACUCGCCAUACUACAAAAAUAUGAGGAGUUCAAGGAGAUGGGCCACGUGGAAGCUGCUGCGGCAGUGCUGAGGCAGGGGCUGUUCUACUGCCCCGACAGCGCGGUGCUGAAAGCUCUGGCGGCCAAGGAGGGUGUGGAGCUUCCGGAGGAAGACAGCAAGGGCCCUGCCGCGCUCAUGGAGCAGCUGCGAAGAAGAGAGAUGAUGAUGCAGCAGAUGCACCUCGCCCAGCAGCGCCAGCGUAUGCAGCAGAUUCAACAGUGGCAAGCUCACCUUCACAAUCCUCGCUACACCGCCCCUCCGACUCUGCCUGAACCAAGAAAGGGCAAGAUCGUGGUGCCACCUGCGCCUACGCGAUUCUACGACGAGCUCGAGUACCCGGACAAGAAGAAGGCUUCUCGUGGACUGGCCGCCGUUGCCGUGGGAGGGCUCUGUGGUUUUGUGGUUUCCAUCCUCGAGCCCUGUUCGGCCUACUACUUGGUGUGGUCUUUCCUGGCGUGCCACCUUGCGCUCAUAAUCCUUCUGCGGGACUAUGGCAGCGAGUGGGCGUUGCUUCUGGUGUGCGCGGUGCUGGCGUUCCAUGGUGGACAUGCUCUGGCGGAACUUGGAUCUUGGCUUUUGGCUGCAGAUGGUGAAGACUCGCUGGGGCCAUGGUCCAUCGUUGUCAUCUUCGCCUGCAUCCUAUACCUGCAGAGCUACCUGAAAGAGUGUAAAACUCUGCCACCGGACUACCUCUCCACGUUGUCCUUCUUUUUCCCGGUUUUUCCGGCCUAUGAUGCCGCCGUGGCACUGAGCUGCCUGGAAUUUUUUCUGGAAUGGAGGUACUUCCCAGACUUCAAGCUAUGGACGCCUCUUGUCCUUUUAGGCAUUGUCUCCAUGGCCUUGGGCCAGGGCUUGGUGACCUGGGCUGCUCGCGUGGCGGAUAGAAACUUCUGGGCCUCGACACGGGAGCUGGAGGAGGAUGAGCUGGUGGGCUUGGAGAUUCCGAAUCGCCGGGUGGUUCGUGAAGGUCCCUAUGCCUGGGAACGCCACCCAGCGUACCUGGGAGCUCUUCUGUGGGGCCUAGGCACGCAGCUGGCGCUAUGCAACCCGGGCAUGCUGGUUAUGGUCGGCUUCGUGUUGUGGGCAUCGCUCCUCCACGUCACCAUGGAGGAAGAGAAGGAGCUCUACGAUGAGUUUCCAGGUCUCUACGUGAACUACGCGGCCCUGACCAGCUGCUGGAUUCCGGGCUUCCCACCUCUCUUGGAGAAUUCCGCUUUCCAGCGCGAGAUGGAUGACAACGCACCGGAGCAGGAAGGAAACGAGCUCAUGGAGCAGGAAGAGAGUGAAGAGGAGAUCGACGAAGAAGACGACCUCCUCCCAACCUGGGAAGGAGUUCCCAAAGGUGGCGCGAUUUGGAACCGCCAGUUUCAGGAGCCAUGGCGCCUCGGUUAG